UUUAUAACCAUCUGCAUGCGAACGUCACCGAGAUUUCAUCAACUACAGGAGAAAAGAAAAUGUGGCGCCCCCUUUUUAGUCCAAAAAUGGAACCUCCCCGCUGAGUUGCGUUUACUCGCGGAAGUCGCCGGUGUUUGUAGCACUUCCGUCUUCUGCUCCAACUGGUUCACAGAAAUGACGGCAACUCUGCGUCCGUACCUGAAUGCAGUGCGUGCUACACUGCAAGCAGCCCUCUGUCUGGAGAACUUUUCCUCACAGGUGGUUGAACGACACAACAAACCUGAGAUUGAGGUUCGGAGUAGUAAGGAGCUGUUACUUCAGCCUGUCGUGAUCAGUAGGAAUGAUAAAGAGAAGGUUCUAAUAGAAGGUUCCAUCAACUCUGUAAGAGUCAGCAUUGCUGUAAAACAGGCUGAUGAGAUCGAAAAGAUCCUGUGCCAUAAAUUCAUGCGCUUUAUGAUGAUGAGAGCCGAGAACUUCUUCAUCCUGCGGAGAAAACCUGUUGAAGGAUAUGACAUCAGUUUCCUCAUUACUAACUUCCACACAGAACAGAUGUACAAGCAUAAGUUAGUGGACUUCGUGAUUCAUUUUAUGGAGGAGAUUGAUAAAGAAAUCAGCGAGAUGAAGCUGUCGGUCAACGCCAGGGCUCGCAUAGUUGCAGAGGAGUUUCUCAAGAAUUUUUAAGUAAUUAUCAGCGCACUCUCUGCUGGAUGCAAUACCCGUGUCACCUCUAUGGUAAAGGUGCUGGAGAGUUUUGGAGCCGGUGGGGGAGGAGUUAAAAAAGUAUGAUUGACGACCAACCUGGAACAUCACCAAAGGGGGAGGAGUGAAGGGUGUGUCCUCUCUCAAAGAAUUGAUUUCAGAGUAUUGCAGUAUUAAAGAGCAGACUGAUGGAUUUCAAAGAUAGACAUGGUACUCCUUUUGCUGUUUUAAACAGUUUUCAUUUUAUUUGGUUUGUCACCCCUUACACCCCUUACAAUAUAUGUUUUUAAGUAUUCUAUAUUGUUCCAACUAGAUCCCUUCAUUUAAUUUUUUUUUUUUUAGUGGUACGUAAGUGCUCGCAAUGUUGCAAUGUUCUGAAUAAUUUCCUUUGUUCUCAUGAAAAUUGAUAAGUAUGUACAUAUUGAAAAUGCAUAGACUCAUUUACCAUAACAAACUUUAAAAUCAGGGCAGGUCUAUAUAUAGAUAAAACCCAAUCGAUGCUCAUGAGUACAAAGGAAAAUUAUUAUUCCAGUAAUUUAAAUGGUCUGUUUUGUCAGUGUUUUUUAUAAAUAUGUAUACCGUGGUUAAAAAAAAACAUUUUGUCAUGUUGUUUUGAUAUAAAUAAAUCCUUACGCUGACGCACAUGCAUCUUACAAACCAUAUCAUGAUGAUAAUGCUAAAAUAAAUCCCUUUUUUGCUUGUAA